UUUCCCUUACAAUCCCGCUGAGAUAAAAUUGUAUUUUAUACUUUCCAUUAUCAACGUGCUGAACGAAUGAUUCUCAAACUAUUCAUUUACGUCUCAACCUCCUUCUUGAAAGCAAACGAUUAGAAAAGUUUUUUUUUUUUCCUGUAUCGAUAUGAAUAUUACGAUGAAAAUUCUGAUUUAACAACAAUCGUGACACUGAGUUUUUCUUCAUCGUUUCAAUAGUAUCGUCUGUUAUUUUUCAAGUGGCGUUUGUUUUAUUCGGUGACAGCUGUAAAUCAGUCUAAAUUCAAAUUCAGUUAACUUUUUUCCAGCAGACGAUUAUGUUUUUUUUCUUCUUGCGGUUAUGGAGCAGUUUUAAAAUUCGAGACUAUGUUUCAGUAUUAAAUUAAAUAAUUAAUUAUAACUCAUUGCAAUUCUUCGUCAUUUUAAUCAAAAAAUGUUUCUUAAAAUCAAAAGUAUGGAUUUUUGUUUUAUUGCAGUUUUAUUGAGCACAUUAUUGCCGAGUGCAUUUAGUAUAAAAGGAACUGUAUCAAAAGAAGAAAAAAAUCCAGAAUUUUGGCGAAAAAAUGCUGAAAGGACUCUCCUUGAAACUUUGCUACUUCACAAGAACGAAAAUGUUGCCAAAAAUGUGAUCCUCUUUCUUGGUGAUGGCAUGGGCCUUCCGACUGUGACAUCCAUGCGCAUUUACAAAGGUCAGAAGAAAAAUCAAAGUGGAGAAACUGAAUUAUUAUCUUUCGACAGAUUUCCACAUGUCUCAUUGUCAAAGACCUAUGGGGUGGACAGGCAACUCUCUGACUCUGCCAACACAGCGACAGCAUAUCUUUGUGGAGUUAAAGGAAACUAUGGAACAGCUGGAGUAGAUGGAAAUGUCUUGUAUGAAAAUUGUGAAUCAGCUCUAAAUAAAAGCAACCAUGUUUAUUCCAUAAUGCAAUGGGCCCAGCAAGCAGGUAAAUGGACCGGUUUUGUAACAUCUACAAGAGUGACCCACGCCACACCUUCAGGACUUUAUGCUCAUACAGCUUCACGAGAUUGGGAAUCUUCGGCUCCAGAUUCAAGGUGUAUUGACAUUGCCCAACAGUUAAUUCACGAUGAACCCGGCAAAAAUGCCAGAGUCAUAUUGGGGGGUGGGAGAAAACACUUUAUUCCCACUGGCCAAUUCGAUGUUGAUGGGGAACAAGGCCAAAGAACUGACUCACGAGAUCUCUUGAAGGAAUGGGAAGAAGAUAAAAAAGCUGCAAACGCCGCGUAUAAGCUCAUCUAUGAUGCCCAAGAAUUAAGAGAAAUUCAACCUGAGCAGAUAGACUACUUAAUGGGACUGUUCCAUACAGAUCAUCUACCAUAUAUAACAGAGCGACCACACCUUAAUAAGGAAUAUCCCACAUUAACAGAGAUGACAGAAAAGGCCAUAAAAUUACUUAGCAGAAACUCAAAGGGAUAUUUUUUACUCGUUGAAGGUGGAAAAAUCGAUCUCGCACAUCACAAGAAUUGGGCAAUGAAAGCUCUCGAAGAAGGAGUUGAAUUUGAUCAAGCCAUACAGAAAGCCAUAGACAUUGUCGAUGAAGAAGAUACUCUUAUAGUGGUCACUGCUGACCACUCUCACGUUUUUUCCGUGGGUGGAGACUAUCCUCUCAGAGGAACUGAAAUUAUAGGCAUUGGUGGUGUUUCAGACAUAGACAAUUUGACUUUUACUACUUUGGGUUACCUAAAUGGACCAGGUUACAAGAAAAACGCCCGGGAUCGCAACUUAACCAAUGAUGAAGCUAAAAAACCAGAAUUUUGGAGAAAAAAUGCUGAAAAGACUCUACUUGAAACUCUGCUAUUGUACAAGAACGAAAAUGUCGCCAAAAAUGUGAUCCUUUUUCUUGGUGAUGGCAUGGGUCUUACAACAGUGACAUCUAUGCGCAUUUACAAAGGUCAGAAGAAAAAUCAAAGUGGAGAAAGUGAGCUAUUAUCUUUCGACAGAUUUCCACACGUUUCAUUGUCAAAGACCUACGGGGUGGACAGGCAACUCUCUGACUCUGCCAACACAGCGACAGCCUAUCUUUGUGGAGUGAAAGGAAACUAUGGAACAGCUGGAGUAGAUGGAAAUGUCAUGUACGAAAAUUGUGAAUCAUCUUUAAAUAAAAGCAACCAUGUUGAUUCUAUUAUGAAAUGGGCCCAGGAAGCAGGUAAAUGGACCGGCUUUGUAACUUCUACUAGAGUAACCCACGCAACACCUUCAGGAUUGUAUGCUCAUACAGCUUCGCGAGAAUGGGAGUCUUCUGCUCCAGAUUCAAGAUGCAUGGACAUUGCCCAACAGCUGGUUCACCAUGAACCUGGCAAAAAUACCCGGGUCAUAUUAGGUGGCGGGAGGAAGCAUUUUAUACCCACCGGCCAAUUCGAUAUUGAUGGGGAACAAGGCUCACGAAUGGACUCACGAGAUCUCAUGAAAGAAUGGGAAGAAGAUAAAAGAUCUAAAAACGUAGCCUAUAAGAUCAUCUAUGAUGCCCAGGAACUAAGAGAAACUCAGCCUGAGAAAGUUGACUAUUUAAUGGGAUUGUUCCAUUCGAACCAUCUACCAUACGUAACAGAGCGACCACACCUUAAAAAAGAGUAUCCCACAUUAACAGAGAUGACAGAAAAAGCAAUAAAAUUACUCAAUAGGAAUUCAAAAGGAUAUUUUCUGCUUGUUGAAGGGGGAAGAAUUGAUCAUGCACAUCACGAAAACUGGGCAAUGAAAGCGCUCGAAGAAGGAGUUGAAUUUGAUCAAGCCAUACAGAAGGCCAUAGAUAUUGUCGAUGAAAAGGACACUCUUAUAGUGGUCACUGCUGACCACUCUCAUGUUUUCGCCCUGGGUGGAGAUUAUCCUGUCAGAGGGACUGAAAUUAUAGGUAUUGGUGGAGUUUCAGACAUAGACAAUUUAACUUUUACUACUCUGGGUUACCUAAAUGGACCAGGUUACAAGAAAAACGCCCGAGAACGCAACUUGACCAAUGACGAAGCUAUGAAUCCAGAAUUUCAACAAGACGCUUUGCUUCCACUUGAUUCUGAAACCCAUGGAUCAGAAGAUGUCCCUGUAUAUGCUCGAGGUCCUAUGGCUCAUCUCUUUCACGGUGUCUAUGAACAGUCUUACAUACCUCAUGCCAUGGCUUACGCAUCCUGCAUAGGUUCCAAUAAAGAACACUGCAAUCAUGCUUGGUCUAUUUAUGGUACGCAGUCUUCUCUGACUGCAUUGAAAUUAACUGCAAUUGCUAUAUGGACGUACUUUGUAGGGAUGAAAAUACUUUAAUUAGGUUUUUACGUCAUAAAUUUUUCAUUUCCCUUUG